CCCAUUCCCUGAAGAGAGUCAGAGACGCAGGGCUAAUGCAUAUGAGCCCCUGGCCAUAAGGCUCUCAUCCAUGGAAAGGUCUCUCACAGUCCUGCGGGUAAGCCUGUACCACCCCACACUGGGCACUGCUGCCUUCAUCAAUGUCCCUCUGGAGUUGCAGCAUGACACUAGCACAUUGCUCAUUGGGCGGGGGCGUGACACCCACCUCCAGCUGCAGUUGCCCCACCUUUCCCGCCGACACCUGUCCCUGGAGCCCUACCUGGAGAAGGGCAGCACUCUGCUGACCUUCUGCCUCAAGAACCUGAGUCGCAAGAGCUGUGUGUGGGUCAACGGAUUGCUGCUGAGGUUCCUGGAGCAGGUCCCCCUGAACAUCAUCAACAGGGUCUCCUUCUCCAACAUCCAGAUGACUAUCCACAUAGAGGGAGGCACCUCCCUUGAGGCUUUUGUCUGCUGCUUCCAUCUGAGUCCCUCACCCUUGAUUUACAGACCCAAGGCCGAGGAGACAGACGAAUGGGAAAGCAACCCCCAUGGGCAGCCCCUCCUGGGUUCAGGACAGCGAACUCCAGUUAACCUGGGGUUCCCCACAGCCCCUCCCAGACUUGGAACAGCACUCUCCAGUCAAGCCCUGGAGGAGGAACAGAAAUAUAGCUCUAGAGGGAGCUGCCAGACACUGCUCUCUGCUAGCCCUGCCUCUGAAAGCAAGCCUUGCUGAAACAAACCUUGAAAUAUUUGAGCUACAUCAUGAAAAGUUGACAUGGAAGGUUGACAUUUGAGGCAUGCUGGCUGUCUCACUUAUAAUGAACCAAUUCUGCAAACGCUGAGCAGCCAGGGGGUGGAGAAGCACCCUCCAUGGCUAGAGGUAAUGGGAACUUCAUAUACUUUUAGAGGCCCUGAGGGGUUCUGGGGAGACUCUCUCAGCAUCCCCCCACCCACCAUUUUCCCCCUUGUCUGACUAGGAGUUACUUUAUGUUGCUCAUUUCACACACAGCAUAAGAGGAGGAGUUUGAGGUUGCAGCAAGAAUGCAUGGACACAUGUAGCAAUUACGUUUGUGGUAGCUUGGGGUUACCUUCAGCUUUUAAAUACCCACAGGCACUCAGGGCUUAGGGAAGCCUGUGUUUAAUAAACUGCAAGUAUUUCAUUAAGCUGGCAUACCCAAUAGGAUUCCCUGAUCCCCAUAUGGGCCAGGUGAACGCCAUGUUGUCAUGCAGAAGUGGGGGUGGGAAACCUAGAAGAGGUGUAAGAGGAAAUUGGAAAGGUGGAGGCUCACAUUUCUGGAAAGGAUGCAGGCAGAGCUCAGCAAUUCCAGGAUGGGAGGCAGGAGCUGGGCUUGUCUGGAAAUCCAUUGCCACCAUUGUCACCAUGGUCUUCCUUACACUCCACCGUUCUCUCCUAUUCUGGAUCGAAACCUUGGUCAAACCAGAGCAAAGUUCUUCAGAAAAAAGAAAAAAUGGGCUCUGUCAGGAGGUUGUGGCAGAAUUUACUUGAGGAGUUAUUUCACUCAGGGUGUGCAUAUAUCAAUAGGGGGAGGUGGUCUUUCCAAAAAAGGGAUUAGUAAGGCCCUGGGAAGGCCAAUGGUGGGAAAAUGCCUCCAUGAACUUGGGGUGCAUCUUGGUGGCAGCCACUUGCCAUGCUGUCCUAGGAGGGGAGAGUGUGAAAUAGAAUUGGUGUCUAGCCACGUAAUAGAUGGUGGGACCUACAAACUCAGAUGGUCACCAUGGUCCAGGGUAUCCAAGACGUUGCACCCACUGGCUGACAUGUGGUCCCUGGAGUCUGAAACCACCUCUGACUUUGGCCAUUUCCCACCAAAGAAAGACACUUUGGCAUGCAUGGCAGGCUACAGGAGGUUCAACUCUUCUCCCAGGCCCUUAACCUCUUCCCCUUGGAGAACUUAGCACUGGACAAGACCCAGCCAUGCCUUUGAUUCCCCUAAAGUUGGAAAUUAGAGUCAAGUAUACUUAGAUGGGAGCCACAAGGCAGAGGAGAGCACCGCCUACAGGGAGGGAACUACUCAAUGCCAUGAACAGACCCUCGGGACUCCCAAAGCAGUCCUUCCCUCAUUCAUUCAACAAACUUUCAUCAAGCACUCCCUUUGUUCCAGAUGUGUACAAAGCCCCAAGAACCAGCAGUGAACCAGGCUAACAAAGUCUGCUUCCAUAGGCUCAGGCAGACUAUUUGUUACUUACAUAGGUCCAAGAGCUAGUGACUUCAAUAUUUGAUCACCACUGCGAUUGGCGCUCUAGUCACUGUAUUUUCUCUCUCCUCCAGCUGGGCGUAUUAUUAAGUGGCCUCAUCUAUUAUGUACUCAGCACUCCACUGGAUGCUAUGUAUAUUGCUUUAUCCAACCUCACAGCAUUCCAGAUAUAUGACAAAUCAUAUUAACCAUAUUUUAUAGGUGAGAAAACUGGGGCUCAGAAAGGUUAAUUAUUUCACCCAAAGCUACACCAUUCAUGAGCUGCAUGAUCUUGGGAAAGUGACUUAGACUGAUUUUACCUGUAUUUUUCCCUCUUGAUAAUAACAUACCCAGCGCUCAAUGCCAUGCCUGGCAUGCAGUAGGCAUUCAUAACAGUCAGCUACUAUCAUGGGACCUGAGAGAAGGAACCCAAUAAAUAUAGAGUAGAGAGCUCACUGCAAACCUGGAGCUUGGGAAGAUUUGAACACUGGCAGACUGGCUCCAGAACCCAAGGGCUUAUCACCUUCUGUGAUUCCCUGACAGAGGGUUUAGUUUUAGCCCUGGAUCCGUGACCAGUCAGGAGAACAUUUUGACCUGUUCUUGCACCAAAAGACCCAAUAGUCAGGGUUUGCAAUACCAGAGACACCCUGCUGGGGCUGGCAAGAAGUGGCCGUGUGUAGUUUGAUCUGAUGACGUCCAUUGUCUGGAACUGCUGAUUCUAAAGGCGGCGACGCUCCCUCACUGACUGAAAUGCUGCCCAAACUCUGCAUUACAGAGAGCCUCCCCCCAGGGAAACUGAGAGGCCAUGACUGAGAUUACACCUGAGCAUCAAAGAGUGAAGAAAGCAAGCUGCUGGGAGCACUGUGGGUCCCCAAGCACAGCUCCCUGACGCCUUGGAGAACCUUUGAGAUCAGUUGCUGCCAACCAAGAGCCCCUCUCCAGGGCCUCAGUGAGGGUUUUCUCCCCAGAAAAGAGCAAACCCACCCUGCUGAGGUUCUCCAAGAGAGAGCAGCCCACUUCCUCCAUGGCAGACUUGGAUUUUUGGGGUGAAGAGUCUAUGAGGCCCUUGGGGACCCAGGAUGCACUGAACAGCAGGCUGAAGAAUCACAGGCCAAACACAGGAUGCUAGGAAACAUCUGGUUUGGUGUUUCAGACUCUACCAACUCAUGAAAUCUCCCCAGGAAACUCAGACUUUGCUUUUUACUAAGUUUUCAGGACAGCAAAACUCUGCCCAUCCUAGGCUCCACUUUUUUUUGAGUAGAUCCAUGGCACUCACCAGACUCUCCUAGCAGCUAGAAUGUCCAGGUUGGCUUCAGGGCCCUGGGUUACUCACUUGACACUAUUUCCCUUGGUGCAUGGACAGCCUGAGCAGGGGGUGC